UUGACGUUUCGUAAAAGUGUUUUCGUAUAUGGACAAAUUCGUUUGCUUUCGUCAUAAAUUGUUUAUAAUUACGUGGUCUUUAGUGUGAAAACUACAAAAAUGGACCUUUUACCAAUAUUUCUAUUUGCCGCAUUAGUGAUUGAUAGGGGUUUAGCUGACUUUACAACUGAAGAUUGUGCUUCUCUUGGAUUCAUAAAAGCUAACCUUUUAUGUUCCUCCUGUGAUCAACUGAAGGACUUCAGCUUAGAACCAUUGAUAGCUCACUGUAAGGAGUGUUGUCAUCACGACGAAUCAGCACCGAAAGAAAAGAAAUACGCUCGUGCUAUUUUAGAAGUAUGCACAUGUAAGUUCCCGGCGUACCCCCAGAUUCAAGCCUUCGUGAAGAGUGACAGGCCUGCUAAGUUCCCUAACCUUCAAAUAAAAUACGUCCGUGGACUGGACCCUAUUAUCAAGUUGCUUGACAAGGAUGGAAUUGUAAAAGACACUGUUGCUAUUGAGAAGUGGAACACUGACUCAGUGGAAGAAUUCUUGAAAACUCAUUUAGAUAAAGAGGAGGAGGAAGACCGAAGCUACUUGAAAACUAAUCAAAUUUAAGUUUUCUAAAAUAUAGUUUUAAGUUUACAAUUCA